AAAUCCAACAAUAAGUUACCAUCUGGUCAAAAUAUAGAAGAUUCCCUGCAAGAAGCAAUCAUUCAAAUUCAGGAAAAGGGCUUAUUUAAAAUGUAUAUAUCCAGAGUAGUUCCUAAUCAAUAUUGGUACAUUUCAUGA